GAUCCGAAAAACAAAUCCCACCUGCAACCACUUCACAUAAACACCGUCCUGUAUCAAAUAUUCGGUUUAAACCGAUGGAACUCUGUUAAUUUUAUACUAGCUCUCUAGUCGCACUUGGACCUUAUUAACCGCUAUACCAUGCUCGAUGGGAAACACCACGUGCAUUUCGCACGAUACUGCAUAGUUUGACGCCUAUGGUUGAAAAACAAAGAAAGAAGUAAGUUUUGUAAGCCACUUGUAGUUAGAAUACGUUUUCUGUUUCAGAAAAACCUACACCAGCUGCACUGCACAACUCAUCUACCAGUUUGACCAGUGCGACCACGCCGACCCACUUUCCUACCACAGCUACCCAAAGUUCCUCGACAAGCGCUACAAAGUGCAACUCGUGCACGCAUUCGGUCACCAGUACGGAACCAACGCAUCCUUCUUUCGCCCCCAUCACCAGAGACGAUUGGGGAGCCGACCCGCCGUCUGGGCAUAUGGAUUCUCUCAUGCUCCCGGUCACACUCCUCGUCGUGCAGCACACCGGGCGGACAUCAUGCUUCACGCCGUCGACGUGUGCCUCUUUGACUCGCGCUAUCCAGCGCUUCCACAUGGGACAAUGCGGAUGGUUGGACAUCGGCUACAACUUCCUGGUGGGCGGCGACGGCUCGGUGUUGGUGGGCCGCGGGUGGAAGCUCCAGGGCGCCCACACCAGCCCAUGGAACUCCAUGUCCAUCGGUGUGGGUCUGAUGGGGAACUUCAUCGGCUCGCCCUCCCCCACCGAGGCGCAGCGGCUCGCCCUCGAGCUGCUCGCCAGCCAGGGCGUGCUGGAGGGGGCCCUCCGCGACGACUACCAGGUCGUGGGCGCGUGCCAGCUCAAGGAUACGGACAGCCCCGGCACGGUGGGCAUGCGCUGGCUGCGCACCGUGGACCACUGGUCCAACUACACAACACAGGCUGCCAGGUGCUCGGCCGCGGUUAAACAAAAUGAACGUCUAGAAAACGGCUACUUUGACUGUAAUUCACACCCAAAUCAAAGCAAUAAACAAUGCAAAAUAGCGACAUGAUGUCCAUCUUACGGUGUACUGUAAGAAAAGUACAGUCCAGCCUGCUUUCUUUUACUAUAAACCGUAGGGUGCGAGAAGUAUUUUUCAGUAAUUUGUUACGUGAUGUUCCACUAGGUUACGAAAGAAACGGUUUCCGUUCUGAUAACAAUAAAAGAUA